ACAACGCAUGCUCUCUUCCGUAUUCUUUUAUACAUAACCUGGAUUGCCGGCAACCCAAUCGAAGCGGAAGAAUGCCAGAAUCGGCGUCGGCUGGGACAUGAGAGAUCUGAAUCCGACACUUAGGCGAGUCUUUGCAGAUAUAAUUAUCAUCAAGAGCCGGCGAAUUCAAGAUCCACGACUCCUCUACAAACCAAGGUCAAAAUCCAUGGCGACGAAGAACGAUCAAUUGCAUCAGUCAACAAAAAAGGAAAGGGAGGAGGAGAAACAAGAGAAAGAGGAAUCUGUUAAUAGAUCCUCGCCUCCUCCUCCUGCUCCUCCUCCGCCGCCGGAAAAGCCGGAGCCCGGGGAUUGUUGUGGGAGCGGAUGCGUUCGAUGCGUUUGGGAUGUGUAUUACGAUGAGCUUGAGGCAUAUAACAAGCUUUACAAAUCUGAUUCCAAGAAUUCAAUAUCCAAGUCCCCUUGAUUACUUGUAAACAAUAACUUCUAAUGUGAACGGAUUUUAUGAUGAUUUAUCUUGAAAUGACAAAGGAUUCAUGUUUUUUGGCAAGAACUCUCUUCCGUUUCAUCUUCCGAAAAUGAAUUUUCAAUGUUGGG